GUGCGCAAUGUGUAAGCUUUGUUUGGAAAAGUGACGACGAAAACAAUGCAGCAGUACACAGCUGAGAGCUCGAGUUAUAAACACCGACCCAUUCUGUGAAUCAUAGGACAUAAACGUCGGACUUUAAUAAGUACUUGAGUAAGCUCAAUGCGGGGGACCUACUUUUAAAUUACGUUGUAGAGUUUAAAAAACUAUAUGGUAACAAUGUCAGCUACUUUGCUUUCAUUAACAAGAAGGUAGCGAUGUAUCGCAAUACCCGUCACGACCGAAGUGACAGAUUUGGGUGAAAUGCGGCUCAUAGAAAGCGACAGACGGGUCCAGUUAUCCUGUGCUGUAGAGAUCUGCGGACAAACAGACGAUUCACUGACAUCCUGAUAGCACCUGUGGAUUUUACGGCUGUGGAGUUUAACACUGUUUAACGCCAUGGAAAGCGUCGGGAAAUUCGAGUUCAACAGGAAAGACCUGAUAGGACACGGUGCUUUCGCGGUGGUGUUUAAAGGAAGACAUAAGAAGAAACAUAACUUUGAAGUCGCUGUGAAAUGCAUCAACAAGAAAAAUCUCGCUAAAUCCCAAUCUCUCACGGUAAAAGAGAUCAAGAUAUUAAAGGAGCUGAAACAUGAGAACAUCGUCAGUUUAUUGGACUUUCAGGAAAUCUCGGGAUGUGUCUAUCUUGUCAUGGAGUACUGCAAUGGAGGAGACCUAGCGGAGUAUUUACACUCUAAAGGAUCUCUAAGCGAGGACACAAUCCGUGUGUUACUGCAGCAGCUUGCGAGUGCCAUGAGUGUAUUAAGGAGUAAAGGCAUCGUUCACCGUGACCUGAAGCCUCAAAACAUUCUCCUGUCCUACAACACGGCUCGACGGGCCAAUCCCAACAACAUCUGCAUCAAACUGGCUGAUUUUGGCUUCGCUCGCUAUCUGCAGGGUGACACAAUGGCUGCCACACUCUGUGGUUCACCGAUGUAUAUGGCUCCUGAAGUCAUCAUGUCACAAAAUUAUGAUGCCAAAGCUGACCUUUGGAGUGUAGGGACCAUCAUUUUCCAGUGUUUGACUGGAAAAGCCCCUUUUCAGGCAAGUACUCCUCAGGAACUACGGCAGUUUUAUGAAAGAAACCAGAGUCUGAGUCCCAGUAUUCCGCGGGAAACCUCCAGUCACCUUCGGCAUUUGCUGCUUGGUUUGCUGCAGAGGAGCCACAAAGAGCGCAUGGACUUUGAUGAGUUUUUCCAUCAUCCUUUCCUAGAGGGCAAUGCAUCUGUGAAGAAAUCCUCUCCUGUGCCCAUACCCGUGUAUCCCAGCAGUAGCUCUUCCAGCAGUGGUUCUUCAGCAUCUCACCACACUCCUACUCCGUCUGACACUGAAACUCAGAGGCCCCUUCCACGAAGUAACACCACACAGUCUCCAGGUUCCCUGUUGAGGGAUUCCUCUUCAUCUGAGUCUGAUGACUUUGUAAUGGUGCCCGCUCAAUUCACCAGUGAACCGGUUAGCUCAGGAGGCCAGGACAGUUUGAUGCGCAGCGGAAGUUCACUGCUGGGUGUCAACACAUGUGUUAGUGGAGCUCUGUUUUUCUCACCCUCUCUCCGAACCUCCCCAAGCCCUUCCAGACCUGUGGAGUGUUAUGGGAGUAGUUACAGUCAGUCUGUGCCUGUUCCAGUGCCUUCACAAAAACACAACUAUCAGAAAAUGGAGCAGAACCUGCAGAUGUCAGACAGGACAUCAGCAGCUCUAUAUCACUGCAGCUCUGCUGGAUUUCAGACAUGUGGGAAAACUGCAGCUUCUCCAGAAUCAGGAGGAUCCGGACCUUAUCUACCCUCCCCACGGGUGGGAACUGUUCCUCUAACGGACAAUCAGCAAGAACCUAUUGGAAGUAGGACGGAAUCGAAUGCCACCAACGAGGGGCAAAAGCAAUGCAAGAUCUCUCCUUUCUUCACUGACUUCACAUCGAGGGAGACAACCCUGACCCACAGACAAAUUAGCCACCAGCAUAGUCCCGAAUCUGCAAUGCAUAGAUGGGAUUUGUAUGGGCGACCCUGUUCCAGUCAAGCUUCGGGUACGUCACCGGUUCAACGCGGUCUGUUGGCCCGAAACAAAACCCUGUCUGACCUAAAAGACUUGGCACAGGGCCCCGCUGCCGGGCCACGCGUCUCAAUCUUAAGGCCAUUAGAGAGAAGGGACAUUGUUAAGAGGUCAGUAAGUACCGGGCGUCUAUCAGAAAAGCUGCUGAAGGCUGUGUUUGGACCACAGCUAGACAAAGGCAGUUAUGACAACUUGAAUGCCGAGAGACCCAUGGACAUCACAGGUACAGACUGCAGCACUGGAUGAGAUGUUUCAUCAUGGAGAAACUUCUGUAGAGAGAUACCAUAAGGCUUUACUGCUGAUGGAGGGGUUGUCUUUAAUUAUAAACGAGACUACAGACCUAAAUAACAUCAACAAGUGUAAACAGUGUAUUGAGCGACGUCUCUCAUCCCUCCAGCCUCAAGUAUGUAUGUGACAGUGGUAACCUUCAGUCCUGGUUAAAGGUUUGAUGUGGACAUUUGCUUUGUCCUGUUGAUACUUCAUCAUUUCAGUUUUCAUUUGAACUCCCACACAAGAAAAACUCACACUCACCCAUCUUUAUUACCCUGGUAAAAAUUGAACAGAACAGAUGUCCAUGGAUGUCACAUGUUAGCAUGUUGACACCAGUGUCAGUGAUGUGUGACUUAUGACAUUUCUGUAUUUAUGGUAGUACAAUAUUUAGGACAGUCUUGUGAGCUGGCUGAGCAACAGAAACAUGCUUUGAACAUUAUUCUCUGUUUGAUGGACUUUCUCCUGCAUGUUUUGCAUAAUUCAGAAAUAAUAGUCACAGACUAUAUCUGAAAAAAAUAUAUAAUUUUCAACCUGUACUUGUGUGAAAUAUUAGCUUGCUGCAGUUAGUGUUACACCACAGAUGUACAGUUUUAAUGUGGCAAUUGACCAAAACUGAUAAAGGCUUUCUGAUUCAUGUGUUGUUAUAUAGAGGUUGAAGAAAUACUUGAGAUUUGUAUUAUAUGAACUGUCAUACUGUUAUACACGUGUAUGCAACGUUAAGCACUUUAUAAAACCAUUUGCCUUCUGGAUGCCGGAAAGAAACCACUUCAGAAAAGACAAGCCUUUAAUGUAACAGCUAAUGUCCACCUCCUCAUGAAUGUUUGUAUGUAGCAUUUUGUAUUUGUUUUAAUCUGCUUUUGUUGUUUUAGCAUGUAAAAACAUCCUUACUUUGUGACUGAAUAUUUUAGUUUCAAGUUUUCGGUAACCUGUAAAUGCAGGGCUUUCGCACAUUUUAGUGGGAUGACGUAGCUUUUAUUUUUACUCAAACUUCCACAGUUGGCCAAAAUUGUGCCUUGAAACUGCAGCUGAUUUUAGCGCACUGGACACUCAAAGCGAAUGUGAGACUCACAAUCAUAUAUACUUACAUUUUUAUAUUUCAAGAACAUUUGUUUAGUACUUGCACUAUGUUUGCAUCAACAAGAGAUUUAUCCAAUCUUUUAGGUUGAUGAGAAACCCCUUAAGGACUUUUUAACCUUCCCUAAUAAUCAAAAUGUUUCAUAUUAAAGUGUUUUUAAGGCAUUUAGUUGGACUUGUAUAAUAAAACAAAACUUGAUGGAUGCACAUAUAAUAGUGAUGUUAAGCAAAUUGAGGAGAAUGAACAAUUUUGUAUAUUUGCUACAAUAUUUAUGAUCUUUUUUCUGUAAUUUGGUCUCUUCUUUUAGAGAGGACCAAAGCAAGUGCGGAUUGCAUGUAUGUGAUAUGGAUGUGUGUAAUUUAAUAAAUGUCACUUUUAUUUUUA